AAUCAUUAGAUUUAUUUAUUAAAAUGCCAAUUGUUCUAAUAGUAUCAAUUAAACAAAAAAUGUAAACCACAAUCCAGUUAUUUAUACUUAAUAUUAUUAAAAAUGGUCGAAAACGAUCAAUCUUACUCCCCCAAGGAUAACUCACUCAAGGCUGACUUUAUGUAUGACCUAUUGAGCAUUGGAGAACCUUACGGUCAUUUAAGGUUCCAAAAAUGGAAAUCCAUGAGUAACAGGGGAAUUGAAGAAUUUGCAAAUGCACAUCCAAACACAUUCUUAAGAAGAACUAACAGGGGAAUUCCUCAGAGAUAUAGAUGGGAAAGUUGGAAAGUCGCCCUAAAUUAUAACCAUUAUUUGUCAAUUGUUGGUGACUUGUAUGAAUCAUACAGUACAAAGCAUAACGAAUACUCGUCAAUAAUAAACAUCGAUGUUCCAAGAACAUUUCCCGAGUUAAAAGUUUUCAAUAAAGAUUCCCAGAAUCAACUACAUCGCAUUUUGUCAGCUUAUGGUAAUUAUCAACCAGAAAUUGGAUAUUGUCAAGGAAUGAAUUUCGUUGCAGGCCUAUUAUUAUUGGUCAGCGGAUUUAACGAAAAAGAAGCUUUUGUGGCAUUUGUAGGCCUGAUGAACGAAUUCAAACUUCUUGAGUUCUAUAAACCAUCAUUUCCAAUGAUUAAACUCUACAUCGCAGGGUUUGAAAACUUAUUGAAGAAGUUAUCGCCAGAUCUGCACAAUCAUCUGAAAAAAGAGGACGUUUCAGUCUCUGUAUUCUUAAACCAAUGGUAACAACUAAAAAUUUAAACAUAAUCAGGUUUUUAACGAUGUUUGUGGCAAGCUUGCCACUUAGAACAGUGGUUGCCUUGUGGGACUAUAUGCUAUACAAUGGAUUAUCAAGCGUUUUAACUGUUUCUUUGGGCUUAAUAUGGCUAUUAAUGCCUCAAAUUACAAGACUUAAUUUCGAGGGGAUCCUUACUUUGCUUAAGGACAUCAAAUCUUCAGAUAGCAAGGAUGACCUUAGGGUAGGAAGAGUAAUAAUAAAUCAAGCACACAGAAUAUCAACAUCUACACCAAAUUUAAAAGACUACAUUAAUCCUUCUAAUAUAAUCUCUGAUAAGGAAGAUAAUGCAGACUAAGUUUAAUAAAUGCUGAAGAUCUAACCCAAGAAAACCUCAACCACCUUUUGAUAUUCAAAACUCAUUUUAAGAAUUUUAAUACCUAAAUUUAUCAACCACUUUA